UGGGAGAAGAAGAGGGAACGGUUUCAGCAUAGCAUUGUAAGUUGCCUUAACAGAAAAAGAUGCCCAAAGUACGUCGAAGUCGGAAACCUCCGCCUGAAGGAUGGGAAUUGAUUGAUCCAACACUUGACGAACUCGAUCAGAAAAUGCGAGAAGCUGAGACAGAACCGCACGAGGGAAAACGAAAAACUGAGUCCAUGUGGCCAAUAUUUAGAAUCCAUCACCAGAAGUCUCGUUAUGUGUAUGAACUGUUCUAUAGAAGAAAAGCAAUCAGUAGAGAGUUGUAUGAAUACUGUUUGAAAGAAGGAUAUGCUGACAAAAACCUGAUAGCAAAGUGGAAGAAGCAAGGUUAUGAAAACCUUUGCUGCCUCAGAUGUAUUCAGUGUAGAGAUACAAACUUUGGUACAAACUGCAUCUGCCGUGUACCUAAAGCCAAACUGGAAGAGGGCAAGAUUGUUGAGUGUGUCAUAUGUGGAUGUCGUGGGUGUUCUGGUUGAAGCCAAGAGAACAAGGAAAUAAUUUAGAUAUGUACGUAAUAACAAGAUUUUGCACAGAUUUUGGUUUAUACAUGGAUCCCUGAAAUGUAUAGAAUUACCUUCCUAUGCAUUUUUUCAUCUGUACAUGCCAAGUUAAGAGACCAACAGAGAUAAAUGGAAGCAUAGGCCCUGCUGGUUCAUUUCUUUAUUUUAUUACUCAUUAAGUUUGUGCCCAACAGAUGCCAUAUAUUGGUUUCCUUUGGUUGAAAAACAAUUCGCUCAGUCAUACAAAGGAAAUAAGUGUACCUAUACACAUCCUGUGUGCAUUGUCCCUUCCUUAGAAAAUGUAAUUUAUUUGAGCAAAAAGGUUAAACUGUUUUCUCAUGCCUGCAUUAAUAAUGAAGGCUUCUGGUAACAAGCUGGUUCUUUUUAAAAAUGGCUUUUGUCUAGUAAACACUCUGAAUUUCAUGGUCA